UAGUGACGGGCAAUGUUAUCUCUUGAUGAUAAGGAAGCACAAAUUGGCGCUGAUGCUAACUUGCUAAAGUGCGUUGAUGAUACUAACUGCCUCAGAAAAAACCUUUGAGAUAAUUACAAGUCUGCAGAAGUGCAGAAGGACGAUGGAAUCGGCCUACGAGCUAAACCCUCUAGGAAUGGAUAAAAUACCUGAACUGCUGGACGUGUUAAAGUCAUUACUACCAGAUAGCGUCGUGGCAUACAAUUGGCUUUUAACGCUGUCAAGAUGGACUUCUACAGACAAAGAGAUGAAAUUGAUAAUAUUAUGCCCAAAUGGGGAUUGUGAAGACGGAUCAAUGGUUGGUUUGGUGGAAAACCUAGCAGUUCCAGAUAGAAUAUUCGGAACGCUGUAUUGCCAAAGACAAAAUAUCGAGUUAAUGAAAGAAGCUCUGCUAAAAACAAGCCUCAUUGAAUGGAGCAAACUGAAGCACUUUUCUGCCGUUUUGAGUAGAUUCGUUCCAUCUAUGGCAGAGGUUUAUACCGCGAAGGGAUUGACCUUAAAAGCGGUCCCUUGCGACUUGGCCAUAAUGCAGCCAGAAAAAGCUAUGAAUAUCUCAAUACCAAGUCUUCUGCCAAAUGUGCGAGUUAGACGGCUAGAUGAAAGUUUUCUAGACGUCGUCUGCGACAAUUGGCCCCACUACGAUUUUCAGUAUCGGCCAGUCGUUUUGAAAAUGCUACAGCUCAACCACUCUGUUGGAGUGUUCGUGAAAACUGCCAAUGACGAAGAGCAAUUGGCUUCGAUGGUGUUGCAAGGGGAGUACGGAGGUCUGGGUCUUCUGCAAACUCUUACCGAACAUCAAAGGAAGGGCUUCGCGGAAAUAGCGACGGCUUCCUUGACAAAAACUCUCGGGAUGGAAGGAAUAAUGCCACAUGGGUAUAUUUUGUCUGAAAAUAAAAUAGGGAAGCAGCUGUUUGAAAAAAUUGGGUUUGAAGUUAUUGGGUCUGUUGCUAAAUUGGUAGUUGUGCAGAGAGUGUAGGAAUGAGUUAAAUAAAAUUUUAGUAUGAAAAUAAAUUAAUAUUAUUGAUCAAGAUUGCUCAAAUUAUUUUAAAUUUACAGGAUUUUUGUAGAGUAUUAAUUGUAUUUUGAACGAAGAACAAAUAAUAAAAAAAAACUCUUUUUUUGGUCUGGAUUUUAUUAAUAGCAAAAAUUGGGCAGGAACAAGAAUCUUUAUACAUAGGGCUAAUCUUGUUCCUGCAACAAAUAAUAUGUGUUUGUCCAAGAAUAAGAGAUAGGAAAGAGAAGCAUAAAAUUUUUGCAUUGAGGGAAAGCCCGUUGGUCAUUCAAACGAACUCGGUAAACCAAGAGUUAAGAGGCAUUUCAUCUCUGUUAUUUGUAUUGAUCCGAGAACCAGGAAAUAGAAACUAGCAGUUUUUGAGUGGGAAUUUGUCAUCAGAAUAUUGCAUCAUCUCGGACUUUCGGUUUCAAUUUGUAAAAAUGAACGUUUAUUUUGCAUAGCUUUAUAUGACGCAAAUUAUCAGAGGCAGCUAAAUGAAAAAUAAAAUUUUGACAUCUUUCUCGAUGGUAUAAAAGCGUCAUUUUUUCGCAACGGCAAUAACUAUGAAAUUAAUGUACUGUACACAAACAUCUACUACUUUUAGAUUAAUAAGAAACGUUGAUUUUAUUUUCAUACCAUGCAGCUUAUUUAAAAAUAUUUAGCUUGCGUUAAUUUUCAAAUUCACCAAUUCAGUAAAGUUCUCUCAAGAUGAUGAAACAUACAUAUUAUGUGCGAUCACGUGAAUUAAUUGUCCUAUCAACUGAUAAAGUUCUUGAUUCAGAAUUAUCAAACGCAACCGAGGGGCCUCAAGUGCGCGAUGCUUAUGGACCAGUUUCCAAACGAAAUGAGCUCCAAAUACGCAUUGCAACCUCUGGCAAAAAGUCAAAUUCCAAAACUGCUGGAAAUACUCAAAUCCCUGCUUCCAGACAGUAUUAUUGCGUACCAUUGGUUACUAAAUGGGUCGAGGUGGAUCGAUGGUCAUGGACUAGAUUCGAAAAUUUUAAUAUUAUGUCCGAAUGGAGACACCAACGACGGAUCAAUGGUCGGCCUCAUAGAUGGCUUGGCAGUGAGUGAAAAAGAUGCGCAAAACAACAAUAAUAUUCUCGUUAUUUGUAAUAAUAUGUAUCUUAAAUAGGGUCACAACAAAAUAUUUGGCACAGUUUAUGUUCAGCCCGAAAAUAUGGAUAAGAUGAAAAUUGCCAUCAAGGAGACCGAGCAUAUUGAAUGGGAGAGACUAAAACACUUAAUUGGAGUUUGGCGCAGAUUUGUGCCUCACCUGAGUGAAGUUAUGAGAGCCAAGGGAGUAGAGUUUACAGAAAACUACAGAACAGUGAAUGCCAUGACCAUUUUAAAGGCUGCUAGUUUGCCGUCGCCAAAGAUUCCAGAAAACAUUCGAGUUGGCCCUUUGGAUGGAAGUCAUUUGGAUGUUUUUUGCGAUAAUUGGCCACAUUACGAUCCGGAAUUUCGGCCAGUUAUUGAGAAAAUGCUCCAGUGCAAUCCGUCAGUGGGUAUAUUCACGAGAACAGUACCAAACGAGCAAGAAACACUGGUAUCAAUGGUUGUGCAGGCGGAUUACGGUGGGAUUGGGCUUCUACAGACUACCCGCGCACACCAACGAAAAGGUUACGGCGAAAUCGCUUUGGUUACCCUGACGAAAACGCUCGCUGAAGCAAACAUUUUGCCCUUCGGGUUUAUUGUUCUUGAAAAUGAAAAAUCCAUGGCUCUUUUUAAAAAGUGCGGGUUUGAAGUAAUAGGAGUUAUGUGUAAAAUUAUCAUGACCUUGAAAUGAGAGCAGUUAGACUGAAAUAAUAAAUAUGAUCUAAUCUGAUGUAAAAAGAAUAAAAUGGCAUUGCGAAAUAAA